AUGAAGCGUCCUCGAGGACAGUCGGAUAGCACGCUCAAAGAAGAUACUAGCGGUGAGGACUCUAGUACCACGCCUGCGAGCGAUUCAGAGCACGAUGACGCCACCUAUGAGACGGAACUUUCAGAGCCAGAAUAUGACCCUGGGCCCCGAAAGCGUAUGCGACCGGAUAAGGAACUUUACCCAGAACCUCAGCUCUGCGCCGACACCGCAGACUUUUACGAGGAUCCCCUAGAUGAAGGCGGGCUUAAUCUCUCUGACAUUCCAGAGGAUUUCGAUAAAGCACCAGGUACCAUUGAGCGACAGGAGCGGAUCAAGAGUCGGUGGGAAAGGUACUGUAACAGCCAAGUACGAAACCGGCCUAAUGAGCCGAAAUGGUACAAGGUCGAGGAAGCGCUCUGUAAGGCGUCGAACAACGACUUAUAUCGGUUUCUUCGCUGGUGUCUCCAAAUCGAUCGUGGUGAAGAUGGACGGCAUCUUAAGGGUAUCAACAAGGCUAGCACCCUUGAGACCGACUGGAAGAACCUCCGCUUGUACUAUCAGAAACUUACCAAGAUUGUGAUCAACGAUAAAGAUAGCUCGGAAAUACGACGGGGCAUGAAAUUUUUGGUACAAGAGUUUGGUUUGGAUACACAACCUGGAAAGAAGACGCCGGUCUAUAUCGAGGAUAUCGGCCCUUUUAAUGAGACAAUCCUAUCAACCCAGGAGAAGAAAUUCCACUUAGGCUUCCAACGGAUCCAAGUGUGCCUUUUCAAUUCCCUAGGCAUCUUCACGCUGCACCGGCGAAAUGCGCUGUUGAGUCUCCAAUUCAAGGAUCUACAAAUUUCCCUCCAGAAGGAUCCCCGAGGCGGCCCACCCAUCCCCUUGAUUGAACUUACUUCCGAAGGGACCAAGAAGUUUCUUGGGUUGACUAAACUAACUACUUUCGCACUUCCGGAGAUCGUCUACGGCCCCUCUCUGGUGAUGUGCCCGCACACGCUGCUUUUUGGUGUCCUAUUCCAUGCGCGGGCGUUUCGGAAUCCGAGGCUGACCUCGAAGACCAAGCUCCGGAAACUCUUACCCAACAAGGCCUGCGAGCAACUCCUGGUGCCUUUGGAUCCAAAGAAGUCUGAUUGGUACAUAUUCUGCAAGACCGAAUUAAUCAAAGGAGUCCCGACAAUCCAACGAACUGAGCAGAUGUCUAAGGCUACGAUGUCCACCUUGUUGGUCCAGUUUGGCGAGAUUCGCGGGUGGAAAGGAACCUUCCACGCUCACCAGUUCCGAUAUGGAAGCGGUAAGGUGCUCAAUGAAAGUGGUGAGAUGGGUGAGCAAGGAGCAGCACCAAUUGAUCAUGAAGCACGCCAGUCCUCGUACGUUUCUCAACCAUUAUCACCCCUGCAAAUUGACACCGACAUGAUACGGGUUAUCUGUGGCAUUGACCCGGAUGUGGAGUUGAUGCGCGCCGUCACACGGCAGAGUCGCUGGCGGGACACUCGACGCCCUCGCUAUCUGACUGAUCAACAGCGAGCUCAAGUUGAAGAUCAUCCCGAGUUGGAGGAAGCCCGGCGCAACCUGAACAAGAUUCGCGUGCAAUAUGAAGAGACCCUGGAACCGGGACUACUUCUUCGGCUUGAGCGGCGGAAAAAGGAGGUAGAAAACACGCGGAAAAGGUUACACCGUAGCCUUAGACAGAAGGUCCGGGAGAAUUUUGACGAAGAACAAGCCUUUUUAGACAUAGAAGCGCAGCUGUCGGGUACGGCCGUCCAGGAAGAGUGUGAAGACCGGUCAUCUCUAGAGGACACUAUGCACCCUCUUCAGUUGCAUCUUGUGCAAAGUCUUCUUUCCUACCCGGUUUCCAACUCAGUAGAGGCUGAGUGGCGUCGACGCGAUACAGGUACCGCGGCUGUUGCGCAGUACUGCGGUGUUCAUGAAGGAGGCCCACCGCGAGGCCGGCCGAGGAAGAAAACCUCUGAAUCUGCUUUAUUGGCUGAGUCGGUAACUCUGCCGCAGGCCGUACAGCCGACUCAAACCGAUCCCGACCCGGGGGUUGGAUCUGAUUCUGAACCCCCGAGACCGACACGUGCGACCAGGGAAUACCUUGCUAAAGCUAAGCGACCGGCGGCAUGCUUCCAAUGCUUUGCCAGUGAGGAAGCCCCGGAAAGUGUGCGCUUCCAGAUGUUCCACGACGCUGGCUGUGUCACGCGUCAUUUUGAUGCCAUCCACCUAGACGAACUGCCGCUCCGGUGCAACUGGUGUGAGAUCACGUUGUUGCAUCAAAUGGGAUUUCAGCGCCAUGCCAGUGAUGUGCACCGUGUACGUAGUCGCAGGAAAUGCCCAAAUCCCAUGCUGGAUCCGUAG